CUAUUGAUGAUCUGAUAUCAGAGAAAAUGGCGACCGCCAGUCCAGGUCAAGCUUCGCCGGCAAAGGCGCAGCAGAAUCGUUGCCGUCUUUUUCGUCUGCAAAUGCUGAUUAUUGACGGCGGACUACAAAUACUAAGAAACAUGUUUGAUAAGAAACUUCAAAAUGUUUCUCUAAGCGCAUUUUUGCAACAAGAGAGGUCAACAAUAAUCAAACUAAGAUCACGCGGAAUAAUUACUCAGGUGCAAUAUGAUCUACUGUUUCCAUCAGGUGGCAGCGGUCCAACUACAACAGACCUAGACAUCACGUUAAUCAUAUGUCUCCUUAGGAACAUCAAGUCAUUCGGACUGAACAAGAAGUUCCAAUGGAACUCAAUUCCUACACAAGGUGAUACUUCAGUUGAGGCUGAUAUUUCUCGUCUGAAAAUAUACAGGAACGAGCUCAGUCACAUAUCUUCAACAAGUGGAAUAACGCUGAUUGUCUUCACAACAAAGUGGACCGAGAUCGAACAGGUUCUUUUGAGGUUGAACACGGCGGUGUCACCCAUACCAGAUCUACAAAAGAUGAUUGAUGACUUUAAAGUGAAUCCACUCGAUCCACAGGCGGAGAUAAGGGUUCAGAAGGCCAUAGACAGUUGGCAAACGUUGGAAAAGGGGGUAGAAGCUGAUUUAAAACUGUUGAAAAUGGAGGACGAGAAGAUAAAACGUACUCUGAAAGUGCAAGAUCAAACCACGAGAAAGCAUGCACAGAGUAUUGAUGAAUUAAAGAAGAAGACGUGUGAACAUGAUAAACAAAUACAUGACCAUGCUAAACAAAUACAAGAAUUGAAGCUAAAGGAAGAAACUAGAAAAGAUGACAAAGCAGAAACAGAGUCAACAUAUGAAGAAAGUAAAAAAAGUAAGUCUUUUUACACUUAACAUUUAAGUAAGAAUCAAACAUACCAGAGGAUACCGUAUACAACAAACGACGUAUAUAGAUUACAGUGAGU